AUGGCCGACGACAACCAAGCUCGCUCGCAGGAGCAGCAGCUGCCGCCCGACCAGCAGGGCUCCGGGGCCAAGGUGCCUGCCCCCAAGGACAAGAACUGCCCCUUCUGCCACCAGGCCUUCACCUCGUCCUCGCUCGGCCGCCAUCUCGACCUCUACAUCAAGCCGAAGAACCCCAAAGCCCCCGACGGCAUCCACAAUGUCGACGAGAUCCGCAGGAUGCGCGGCGGCAUCACUCGCCGCCAGGCUCGCAAUUCGCUCGCCAAAAAGGGGGACUCGAGCGGCGGCUCGACGCCCGUCUCCUCGCAGCAGCAGCAGCCGCCUCCGCCACCGCCCACCGCCCCGCAGCAGGUACCCGUCGCGUCGCAGCAGCAGCAGCAGCAGCAAGCUCCCCAGCAGGGCCACCAGCACAAUCCGUCUGUGAGUGCUGUGUCGGCCGACACGGCUUCUCCGGUUAUCACGCAGAGCCCCACGCUGAACAUGCCCGCGUCUGGCCAAAAGCUGCGCUUCCAGUUCAACCAGCCGUCGUGGACCUCGACCGGCGUCAUUAACAACCUGCCCCCGCGCGCGAGCGUCAGCAGCGAGACGGGCAAGACGCGCCACGAAUUGCAGAAGCGAGGGCUGGAAAACCGGCAGAUAAUUUCCGACGAGCUGGACCAUGGAAAGGCCGCUGAGCUGGCAUUGAAGGAGGUUCUGGCGAGCGUGAGGGAUGCAAGCGCUCGCUCCGCAGGCGUCAACCUGUUCGACUUCGACCCUUAUACCCUGAGCUUUCCCUCGUUAUGUCUCCACAUCCUUCCUGCUCCCGCAACCCUAUUUUCGCCUUCGCCCUUCCCGAACAGCGAGUCGUGGUCCAUAAGCCCGCCGGGGCAGAAGCAAUUCGACGCUCUUAAUAAAAACAUUCGAGACCGACUGGUGCAGCGGCAAAGGCAUUCGCAGCUUUUUGGCGCCACCAACCCCCUCGCUACCACUCCUUCGGCCAGUGCCGCAUCUCCGCUCCCCACCCCUCCGCUCGGCGGCUUCGAUCCCGACCCACAGCGCUUGUUCCAACACCUGCAAGAAGCAUACAAUCAUUGGAAGUCAUUGUCGGACAAGCAAAGGCAGGAGACAUGGACAUUGGAGAUUCUGCGGAGCUACACCCGUGCGGAUGAGUCGAGGAGGGAAGCUGAGAACAGCCUGGCCAGUGCAAGGAAGGAGAUUGAGGCGCUAAAGAAUAAUCGGUGGAUAAACAUGGGCAUGGCUUCCUCUACGACGUCGGCAUACGGAGCGGGCGCAGCACAGAGUCCUGGAAGCUCUCUAGCGUUGUCUAGCGAUACGUUCAAGGAAUUGGCUGGAAAGCAGAGUCAAGGCCUGGACCCCCGGACAUGGGAUUACGAGAAAUUGAUGGAAAAAUGGACGACUGUGGUCAAGGAGAAUAAGAAGACUAUGCUGGGUUUGGCCAACCAACGGAGUUUGAGCACGGGCUCUGUUCCGGCGUCGACACCAAUGGAGACGAGGACGACGCGGAUGCCGAUGCCGAUGCGGAGACGGUCAUUUCGCCGGAAAACGCUCCACAGCAACAGCAGCCGCCUAGCCUUCAGCAACAACAGCAGAGCCAUGCCCAGCGCCAGCAACACGGACACCACCCGCAGCUCUCGCAACACCACCCGCCACAACACCCUCAGCAACACCCACCACAUCCACAACAUCCACAACACCCGCAGCAUCCCUCGCCCCUUCACCAAACCCUUCCUCCGCAACAGCUCACUCAGCAACAAUUAUCGCAACAGCCGCUCGGAACGCCUUCCCUUCCUGGUCAACCACCGCAACACCAACACUCUCAACCGCCUACCCCGCAUACUCAGCAACCUCCCCCACCACAGCAUGCGCAGGCUUGGCCAGGCAUGGGUGCUCCCACUCAUCCAUCCACGCAUUUCCCUGGAUUGCAGGGCAUGA